UUGUGUAGUUUUAGGGUCCUGCCCAAACUGUCAGAUGACUAUACAACUUACUGUCUUUCCUGAAGAGACUGUAAAGGCAGCGGCUUCACAAAGUUGUUUCAGAAUUUUUUUUAUAUGAAUGCCAUUUUUUUUUCCUGGCUCUGGGUAAUCACUGAAAUUAAUGUCAACUGACUAAUGCUUCAUACCUUCACUCAGCCACAAGGGUGACACAUGAUGUUCGCACAGGGUGAGGUAGUAGGUUGUGUGGUUUCAGGGUUGUGAUUUUACCCCAUCAUGAGGUAACUAUACAACCUACUGCCUUCCCUGGAGGGCAGCAAAUCGUCCGAGGAGUCACACGUCACCCUGCUUCAAAUGUGUCAAAAGGCCACUGGUUGAUGUCUGAGGGCGUACCCGUGGUGAGUUUUACUCCAUAUUAUCGGCGUUUGCACUCUCGUAUUUGCGUCAAAUGUAUCAGAGCUGCUUUGUUUUAAUUCAAAGACAAAUAAAAAUGGAAACAAAAUAUGGUUGGUUUCUUUUAUUGCCUGAAUGUACUCAUCCUCAAUACUAACAAAGAAAUUGGGAAGUCCAGAGGGUACCCCCGCCGCUACCCCCCAAAUUGGUGAUUGGCGCCAGCUCGAGUGCUUUUGAAGCUGGAUGGAUAGUUAAUCUUAUCUCGCGACCUAAUGUCUCUUGACGAGCGCGCUUGAAACGAUUCCACAAUAACGACCCUUUCUGCACUCUCUUCUCUGACCACCAGCUUGACCCGUACCCACACACAGCAGAGGGCGCAACAGACAAAAUAUGCAUUCAGUUCCUUUCCAAGAGCCGUGUUUCUCAUGAUGCACCCGAACAGAAAGAAAAUUCCCACCGUUAAUGAAUUAAGAUUAAAAUGUUCGCUUUUUAAAAAUCUUGCCUGUAUUUAAACUGCGCGUACUGACGGUGUGCUAUGUAAAAUGACUAAUUUUGUGUUGUUGUCUUUUUACAACCCGGAAGUGUUCGCCAACCCUUCGCUGCGAUUGGUCCAAAGAAUAGGUGUGCUCGUUUCGUUCGCUCUCUGCCGACGUCAUUUCCUCCGAGGGGACGAAGGGCGUAUUGACCGAACCCGGGCCGCUGUUAGGACUCUCGGGAGCGGCUUCGCUCAUCGCACCGUCUCCCGACUUCACCCGCACCGCAAGUCAAACGAGCGCCCCCGGGAUUCGUCAUCUGGAAAUGCUCGGCAGCGAACUCUCUGCGUCUGGUGAGUGAGGUCGUCAUCCGGCCAUGGCAGGGGAUCUCUAUUGCCCCCCGUCCCCACUGGGGGACUCCCUCUUGGACAGCCCGCUGUGCGCUGACCUCAUGGAGGAUCUUCGCGACAUCUCCCAGUCCAUCGGGGAUGAGACUCUGGGCUUUGAUUUCCCAGAGUACCAGCGUCCCGGUUCGGAGUCGGAGAGCUCCAUCGCACUGGAUACGUUAACCCCGGCUUCCAGUCCGUCGCCGGGUGGCAUCGGUGAGGCGCCGCAUCCCGACGAGGUCUUGGGCCCCCUCACCUUGGAGUGCCGGGUGUGUUCGGACAAAGCGUCGGGGUUCCACUACGGCGUGCACGCCUGCGAGGGCUGCAAGGGUUUCUUCAGGAGAACAAUCCGGCUCAAGUUGGAGUAUGACAAGUGCGAACGCCACUGCAAAAUCCAGAAGAAGAACCGAAACAAGUGCCAGUACUGCCGCUUUCACAAGUGCCUUUCGGUGGGCAUGUCCCACAACGCCAUCCGCUUCGGCCGCAUGCCCCAGGCGGAGAAGAUGAAGCUGAAGGCGGAGACCAAGAUGGCGGAGAAGAAGAAGGAGUCCAGACCCACGCUGGCCGACCACAAGGUCCUCAUCAGGAGCAUCCACGAAGCCUAUAUGAAGAACUUCAGCAUGAACAAAGCAAAAGCGCGGCUCAUACUCACCGGGAAGACCAGCGAGCCGCCUUUUAUUAUCCACGACAUGGAGACAUUCCAGCUGGCCGAGAGGACCCUGGCCACACGCGCGGUGUCCAAGGAGGAUGACGCGGAGCCCGAGAGCGGCGUCCCGGCUGGGGUUCUGGUUGCCGCCGUGGGAUGCGGCGGGCUCCCGCGGAGGAAGGCCGAAGCGCGCCUCUUCCACUGCUGCCAGAGCACCUCCGUGGAGACGGUCACUGAGCUCACCGAGUUUGCCAAAGCCAUUCCCAGCUUCCAGAACCUCGAUCUGAAUGAUCAGGUGACUCUCCUCAAGUACGGCGUUUACGAGGCUCUCUUCACGCUCCUGGCCUCGUGCAUGAACAAAGACGGCCUCCUGGUGGCGCGCGGCGGCGGCUUCAUCACCCGUGAGUUCCUCAAGAGCCUGCAGCGGCCCUUCGGCGACAUGAUGGAGCCCAAGUUCCAGUUCGCCACGCGCUUCAACUUCCUGGAGUUGGAUGACAGCGACUUGGCUCUCUUCGUGGCCGCCAUCAUAUGCUGCGGAGACCGUCCAGGUCUUGUGGAUGCGACUCUGGUGGAGCGGCUCCAGGAAGGCAUUGUGCAGGCGCUACGGCUCCACCUGCAGGUCAACCACCCAGACGACGCCUUCCUCUUCCCAAGACUGUUGCAGAAAUUGGCCGACCUCCGGGAACUGGUCACAGAACACGCUCAGCUGGUGCAGGAAAUCGAGACCACGGAGGACACGUCACUUCACCCCCUCCUCCAGGAGAUCUACAGGGACAUGUACUAAAACAUGGCUCAUUUGCCUGCUGUCUCCCUGAUCACUAUACAGUAUAUUAUUAUUAUUUUUCGGGAGAAGGGAAGCGGUAAAGAUCGGGCCAGAGAUAAAAAAAAAAAAACUACAUGAGUGUAAAAUACAGUAGUGACAAAAUAUUGUAGCGGGUAAGGUCUCAAACUCAUGUUUAAAACGUAUUCUUUACAAAAAUGUUAUGCCUUUUAAUGUGUGAUUGUGCCUUCCAAACAAACGUGACCACUGUGAAAUAACUGUUUAAAACUGUAAAAAAACAAUAUUAUUUCAAAACACUAUCAAUUUUAUUUGUUUAAAUGUGUGUUGUGCCUUACGAACAAAAGUGACCGCCGUGAACUCUGAUGAUGAAACCCCUGAAUCAACAUUUUGUGGUGCGGUUUCUUAGAAUUUGAUGUCAGAUUUAAGGUUUGGGUCACACAUUUAGUAUACAUGGAAAUGACUUGAUUCUGGUCGAAAAAUAAUUUUAAACUAUUGCAAAGUUCUACAUUUGCUCAUGAAUAUUAAAUACUGUACAAUAUGAAAUUUGUUUUGACGAAACACAAUCGGUUGUCGUAUUUUGUGAAAUGUAUGCAAAAUGUACUUUAAUUAUAGUCCAUGUGUGCAAUAGAACAAAAGGUUUUUGAUUUUUAACGCAUUAAAAUGAGUUGUAGCA